AUGAGAAGUAUACUAAUAAGUAUUUUAAACAGUGUGGUGUUUCUAUUAAGUAGUAAUACAAUUGUGGUUGAUAGAGUAAGAUGUGAAGAUACUUUAAUUAGUGAAGAGAUAACUACUUUUAUAGAAGAACUUAACUCUCUAUUUAGAAACAUUCAAGUCAGUUUUUUAAAAGAAGUUCUUAACAACUUAAAAGAAAACGAUAAAACAAUUUUUAAUAAGAAAAAAGCUUUAAAAGAAUGUCAUGAUAAGUUAAAUGAAAUUAAGUUGAAUGAUAAAAAUUAUAAAGAAAAAAUUAAAGAUGUUUUAAACGAAUUAGUUAUAACAUAA